GAGUCUGAGCUGGAGCCAGGGCCCCAGUGGGACCUGACCCAAAGUCUGAGGUCAAGCUGGGCACAGAGCCUGGCCUGGAGCUGGAGCCCAAGGCACAGCUGGACUACCCUUGUCAUGCAGAAGGAGCCGGGCAUUGUGCCUUCCUGCCCUGGCAUGAAGAGCCCCAGGCCCCGCCUCCUGCUACCAUUGCUGCUGCUGCUGCUGGGAGCUGGGGUGCCAGGUGCCUGGGCUCAGGCUGGGAGCCUGGACUUGCAGAUUGAUGAGGAGCAGCCAGCAGGUACACUGAUUGGGGACAUCAGUGCGGGGCUUCCGGCAGGCACGGCAGCUCCUCUCAUGUACUUCAUCUCCGCCCAGGAGGGCAGCGGCGUGGGCACAGACCUGGCCAUUGAUGAACACAGUGGGGUUGUCCGUACAGCCCGUGUCUUGGACCGUGAGCAGCGGGACCGCUACCGCUUCACUGCAGUCACUCCUGAUGGUGCCACCGUGGAAGUUACAGUGCGAGUGGCUGACAUCAACGACCAUGCUCCAGCCUUCCCACAGGCUCGGGCUGCCCUGCAGGUACCUGAGCAUACAGCUUUUGGCACCUGCUACCCACUGGAGCCUGCUCGUGAUGCAGAUGCUGGGCAUCUGGGAACCCAGGGCUAUGCGCUAUCUGGUGAUGGGGCUGGAGAGACUUUCCGGCUGGAGACACGCCCCGGUCCAGAUGGGGCCCCAGUGCCUGAGCUGGUAGUUACUGGGGAACUGGACCGAGAGAACCGCUCACACUAUAUGCUACAGCUGGAGGCCUAUGAUGGUGGUUCACCACCCCGGAGGGCCCAGACCCUGCUGGACGUGACACUGCUGGACAUCAAUGACCAUGCUCCAGCUUUCAAUCAGAGCCGCUAUCAUGCUGUGGUGUCUGAGAGCCUGGCCCCUGGCAGUCCUGUCUUGCAGGUGUUCGCAUCUGAUGCCGAUGCUGGUGCCAAUGGGGCUGUGACUUAUGAGAUCAAUCGGAGGCAGAGCGAGGGUGACGGACCCUUCUCCAUCGACGCGCACACGGGGCUGCUUCAGUUAGAGCGGCCACUGGACUUUGAGCAACGGCGGGUCCAUGAACUGGUGGUGCAAGCACGAGAUGGUGGGGCUCACCCUGAGUUGGGCUCAGCCUUUGUGACUGUGCAUGUGCGAGAUGCCAAUGACAAUCAGCCCUCCAUGACUGUCAUCUUUCUCAGUGCAGAUGGCUCCCCCCAAGUGUCUGAGGCCGCCCCACCUGGACAGCUUGUUGCUCGCAUCUCUGUGUCAGACCCAGAUGAUGGUGACUUUGCCCAUGUCAAUGUGUCCCUGGAAGGUGGAGAGGGCCACUUUGCCCUAAGCACCCAAGACAGCGUCAUCUAUCUGGUGUGUGUGGCUCGGCGGCUGGAUCGGGAAGAGAGGGAUGCCUAUAACUUGAGGGUUACAGCCACAGACUCAGGCUCACCUCCACUGCGGGCCGAGGCUGCCUUUGUGCUGCACGUCACUGAUGUCAACGACAACGCACCUGCCUUUGACCGCCAGUUCUACCAACCUGAGCCCCUGCCUGAGGUUGCGCUGCCUGGCAGCUUUGUAGUGCGGGUGACUGCUCGGGAUCCUGACCAAGGCACCAAUGGUCAGGUCACUUACAGCCUAGCCCCUGGCGCCCACACCCACUGGUUCUCCAUUGACCCCACCUCAGGCAUUAUCACUACGGCUGCCUCACUGGACUAUGAGUUGGAACCUCAGCCACAGCUGACUGUGGUGGCCACAGAUGGUGGCCUGCCCCCUCUAGCCUCCUCUGCCACAGUUAACGUGGCCCUGCAAGAUGUGAAUGAUAAUGAGCCCCAAUUCCAGAGGACUUUCUACAAUGCCUCGCUGCCUGAGGGCACCCAGCCUGGAACUUGCUUCCUUCAGGUGACAGCCACAGAUGCGGAUAGUGGCCUAUUUGGCCUCCUCUCCUAUUCCUUGGGUGCUGGACUUGGGUCUUCCGGAUCUCCCCCAUUCCGCAUUGAUGCCCACAGCGGUGAUGUGUGCACAACCCGGACCCUGGACCGUGACCAGGGGCCCUCAAGCUUUGACUUCACAGUGACAGCUGUGGAUGGGGGAGGCCUCAAGUCCAUGGUAUAUGUGAAGGUGUUUCUGUCAGACGAGAAUGACAACCCUCCUCAGUUUUAUCCACGGGAGUAUGCUGCCAGUAUAAGUGCCCAGAGUCCACCAGGCACAGCUGUGCUGAGGGUGCGUGCCCAUGACCCUGACCAGGGGUCCCAUGGGCGACUCUCCUACCAUAUCCUGGCUGGCAAUAGCCCCCCACUUUUCGCAUUGGAUGAGCAAUCAGGGCUGUUGACAGUAGCCUGGCCCUUGGCCAGACGGGCCAACUCUGUGGUGCAGCUGGAGAUCGGGGCUCAGGAUGGAGGUGGCCUACAGGCAGAACCCAGUGCCCGAGUGAACAUCAGCAUUGUGCCUGGAACCCCCACACCACCCAUAUUUGAGCAACUACAGUAUGUUUUUUCUGUGCCAGAGGAUGUGGCACCAGGCACCAGUGUGGGCAUAGUCCAGGCACACAACCCACCAGGUCGCUUGGCACCUGUGACCCUUUCCCUAUCAGGUGGGGAUCCCCGAGGACUCUUCUCCCUAGAUGCGAUUUCGGGGCUGUUGCAAACACUUCGCCCUCUGGACCGGGAGCUACUGGGACCGGUACUGGAGCUGGAGGUGCGAGCAGGCAGUGGAGUCCCCCCAGCUUUCGCUGUAGCUCGGGUGCGUGUGCUGCUGGAUGAUGUGAAUGACAACUCCCCUGCCUUUCCUGCACCUGAAGACACGGUAUUGCUACCACCAAACACUGCCCCAGGGACUCCCAUCUAUACACUGCGGGCUCUUGACCCAGACUCAGGUGUUAACAGUCGAGUCACGUUUACCCUGCUUGCUGGGGGUGGUGGAGCCUUCACCGUGGACCCCACCACAGGCCAUGUACGGCUUAUGAGGCCUCUGGGGCCCUCAGGAGGGCCAGCCCAUGAGCUGGAGCUGGAGGCCCGGGAUGGGGGCUCCCCACCACGCACCAGCCACUUUCGACUGCGGGUGGUGGUACAGGAUGUGGGAACCCGUGGGCUGGCUCCCCAAUUCGACAGCCCUACCUACCGUGUGGACCUGCCCUCAGGCACCAUCCCUGGAACUCAGGUCCUGCAAGUGCAGGCCCAAGCACCAGAUGGGGGCCCUGUCACGUAUCACCUUGCAGCAGAGGGAGCAAGUAGCCCCUUUGGCCUGGAGCCACAGAGUGGGUGGCUAUGGGUGCGGGCAGCGCUGGACCGUGAGGCCCAGGAGUUGUACAUACUGAAGGUAAUGGCAGUGUCUGGGUCCAAAGCUGAGUUGGGGCAGCAGACAGGCACAGCCACCGUGAGGGUCAGCAUCCUCAACCAGAAUGAACACAGUCCCCGCUUGUCUGAGGAUCCCACCUUCCUGGCUGUGGCUGAGAACCAGCCCCCAGGGACCAGCGUGGGCCGAGUCUUUGCCACUGACCGAGACUCGGGACCCAAUGGACGUCUGACCUACAGCCUGCAACAGCUGUCUGAAGACAGCAAGGCCUUCCGCAUCCACCCCCAGACUGGAGAAGUGACCACACUCCAAACCCUGGACCGUGAGCAGCAGAGCACCUAUCAGCUCCUGGUGCAGGUGCAGGAUGGAGGGAGCCCAUCCCACAGCACCACAGGCACUGUGCAUGUUGCAGUGCUUGACCUCAACGACAACAGCCCCACCUUCCUGCAGGCUUCAGGAGCUGCUGCUGGCGGCCUCCCUAUACAGGUACCAGACCGCGUGCCUCCAGGAACACUGGUGACAACUCUGCAAGCGAAGGAUCCAGAUGAGGGGGAGAAUGGGACCAUCUUGUACACGCUAACUGGUCCUGGCUCAGAACUUUUCUCUCUGAACCCUCACUCAGGGGAGCUGCUCACUGCAGCUCCCCUGAUCCGAGCAGAGCGGCCCCACUAUGUGCUGACACUGAGUGCUCACGACCAAGGCAGCCCUCCUCGAAGUGCCAGCCUCCAGCUGCUGGUGCAGGUGCUUCCCUCAGCUCGCUUGGCCGAGCCGCCCCCAGACCUCGCAGAGCGGGACCCAGCGGCACCAGUGCCUGUCGUGCUGACGGUGACAGCAGCUGAGGGGCUGCAGCCCGGCUCUCUGUUGGGCUCGGUGGCACCUCCAGAGCCCGCGGGUUUGGGCGCACUCACCUACACACUGGUGGGCGGUGCCGAUCCCGAGGGCACCUUCGCGCUGGAUGCGGCCUCAGGGCGCUUGUACCUGGCGCGGCCCCUGGACUUCGAACACGUGGUAGCCCGGGACCCGGACCUGGGCGAGGCCGCACGCGUGUCCUAUCGGCUGGCAUCUGGCGGGGACGGACACUUCCGGCUGCACUCAAGCACUGGAGCGCUGUCCGUGGUGCAGCCGUUGGACCGCGAACAACGAGCUGAGCACCUACUGACAGUGGUGGCCUCAGACCACGGCUCCCCGCCGCGCUCGGCCACUCAGGUCCUGACCGUCAGUGUCGCUGACGUCAACGACGAGGCGCCUACUUUCCAGCAGCAGGAGUACAGCGUCCUCUUGCGUGAGAACAGCGCGCCUGGCACAUCUCUGCUCACCUUGCGAGCAACCGACCCCGACCUGGGGGCCAACGGGCAAGUGACUUAUGGAGGCGUCUCUAGCGGAAGCUUUUCUCUGGAUCCUGACACUGGUGUUCUCACGACUCUUCGGGCCCUUGAUCGAGAGGAGCAGGAGGAGAUCAACCUGACAGUGUAUGCCCAGGACAGGGGCUCACCUCCCCAGUUAACUCAUGCCACCAUUCGAGUGGCUGUGGAGGAUGAGAAUGACCAUGCACCAACCUUUGGGAGUACCCAUCUCUCUCUGGAGGUGCCUGAGGGCCAGGACCCCCAGACCCUUACCAUGCUUCGGGCUUCUGAUCCAGAUGUGGGAGCCAAUGGGCAGUUGCAGUACCGCAUCCUAGAUGGGGACCCAUCAGGAGCCUUUGUCCUAGACCUUGCUUCUGGAGAGUUUGGCACCAUGAGGCCACUAGACAGAGAGGUGGAGCCAGCUUUCCAGCUGAGGAUAGAGGCCCGGGAUGGAGGCCAGCCAGCUCUCAGUGCCACGCUGCUUUUGACAGUGACAGUGCUGGAUGCCAAUGACCAUGCUCCAGCCUUUCCUGUGCCUGCCUACUCUGUGGAGGUGCCGGAGGAUGUGCCUGCAGGGACCCUGCUGCUACAGCUACAGGCUCAUGACCCUGAUGCUGGAGCCAAUGGCCGUGUAACUUACUACCUGGGUGCCGGUACAGCAGGAGCCUUCCUGCUGGAGCCCAGCUCUGGAGAACUGCGCACAGCUGCAGCCUUGGACAGAGAACAGUGUCCCAGCUACACCUUUGCUGUGAGUGCAGUGGAUGGUGCAGCUGCUGGGCCCCUAAGCACCACAGUGUCUGUCACCAUCAUAGUGCGUGAUGUCAAUGACCAUGCACCCACCUUCCCCACCAGUCCUCUGCGCCUACGCCUGCCCCGCCCAGGCCCCAGCUUCAGUACCCCAACUCUGGCUCUGGCUACACUGAGAGCUGAAGAUCGUGAUGCUGGUGCCAAUGCUUCCAUUCUGUACCGACUGGCGGGCACACCACCUCCUGGCACUACUGUGGACUCUUACACUGGUGAAAUCCGUGUGGCCCGCUCUCCUGUAGCUCUAGGCACCCGGGAUCGUGUCCUAUUCAUUGUGGCCACUGAUCUUGGCCGUCCAGCUCGCUCUGCCACUGGUGUGAUCAUUGUUGGACUGCAGGGGGAAGCUGAGCGUGGACCCCGCUUUCCCCGGACUAGCAGUGAGGCUAUGAUUCGUGAGAAUGCACCCCCAGGGACUCCUAUUGUCUCCCCGAGGGCUGUCCAUGCAGGAGGCACAAAUGGACCCAUCACCUACAGCAUUCUCAGUGGAAAUGAGAAAGGGACAUUCUCCAUCCAGCCUAGUACAGGUGCCAUCACAGUUCGCUCAGCAGAGGGGCUGGACUUCGAGGUGAGUCCACGACUGCGACUGGUGCUGCAGGCAGAGAGUGGAGGAGCCUUUGCCUUCACUGUGCUGACCCUGACCCUGCAAGAUGCCAACGACAAUGCUCCCCGUUUCCUGCGGCCCCAUUACGUGGCCUUCCUUCCUGAGUCCCGGCCCUUGGAGGGGCCCCUGCUGCAGGUGGAGGCAGAUGACCUGGAUCAAGGCUCUGGAGGACAGAUUUCCUACAGUCUGGCUGCAUCCCAGCCGGCACGUGGAUUGUUCCACGUAGACCCAGCCACAGGCACUAUCACCACCACAGCCAUCCUGGACCGUGAGAUCUGGGCCGAAACACGGUUGGUACUGAUGGCCACAGACAGAGGGAGCCCAGCCCUGGUGGGCUCAGCUACCUUGACGGUGAUGGUCAUCGACACCAAUGACAACCGCCCCACCAUCCCCCAGCCCUGGGAGCUCCGAGUGUCAGAAGAUGCGUUAUUGGGCUCAGAGAUUGCACAGGUAACAGGGAAUGAUGUGGACUCAGGACCGGUGCUGUGGUAUGUGCUGAGCCCAUCUGGGCCCCAGGAUCCCUUCAGUGUUGGCCGCUAUGGAGGCCGUGUCUCCCUCACGGGGCCCCUGGACUUUGAGCAGUGUGACCGCUACCAGCUGCAGCUGCUGGCGCAUGAUGGGCCUCAUGAGGGCCGUGCCAACCUCACAGUGCUUGUGGAGGAUGUCAAUGAUAAUGCACCUGCCUUCUCACAGAGCCUCUACCAGGUAAUGCUGCUUGAGCACACACCCCCAGGCAGUGCCAUUCUCUCCGUCUCUGCCACUGAUCGGGACUCAGGUGCCAAUGGUCACAUCUCCUACCACCUGGCUUCCCCUGCUGAUGGCUUCAGUGUUGACCCCAACAAUGGGACCCUGUUCACAAUAGUGGGAACAGUGGCCUUGGGCCAUGACGGGUCAGGAGCAGUGGAUGUGGUGCUGGAAGCACGAGACCACGGGACUCCAGGCCGGGCAGCACGAGCCACAGUGCAUGUACAACUGCAGGACCAGAACGACCAUGCCCCGAGCUUCACAUUGCCACACUACCGUGUGGCUGUGACUGAGGACCUACCCCCUGGCUCCACUCUGCUCACCCUGGAGGCUACAGAUGCUGAUGGAAGCCGCACCCAUGCCGCUGUGGAGUACAGCAUCAUCAGUGGCAACUGGGGCCGAGUCUUCCAGCUGGAACCCAGGCUGGCUGAGGCUGGGGAGAGUGCUGGACCAGGCCCCCAGGCACUGGGCUGCCUGGUGUUGCUUGAACCUCUAGACUUUGAAAGCCUGACACAGUACAAUCUAACAGUGGCUGCAGCUGACCGUGGGCAGCCACCCCAAAGCUCAGUCGUGCCAGUCACUGUCACUGUACUAGAUGUCAAUGACAACCCACCUGUCUUUACCCGAGCAUCCUACCGUGUGGCAGUACCUGAGGACACACCUGUUGGAGCUGAGCUGCUGCAUGUAGAGGCCUCUGACGCUGACCCUGGCCCUCACGGCCUCGUGCGUUUCACUGUCAGCUCAGGCGACCCAUCAGGGCUCUUUGAACUGGAUGAGAGCUCAGGCACCUUGCGACUGGCCCAUGCCCUGGACUGUGAGACCCAGGCUCGACAUCAGCUUGUAGUACAGGCUGCUGACCCUGCUGGUGCACACUUUGCUUUGGCACCAGUGACAAUUGAGGUCCAGGAUGUGAAUGAUCAUGGCCCAGCCUUCCCACUGAACUUACUCAGCACCAGCCUGGCCGAGAAUCAGCCUCCAGGCACUCUCGUGACCACUCUGCAUGCAAUCGACGGGGAUGCUGGGGCUUUUGGGAAGCUCCGUUACAGCCUGUUGGAGGCCGGGCCAGGGCCUGAGGGCCGUGAGGCAUUUGCACUGAACAGCUCAACAGGGGAGUUGCGUGCACGAGUGGCCUUUGACUACGAGCACACAGAAAGCUUCCGGCUGCUGGUGGGUGCUGCCGAUGCUGGGAAUCUCUCAGCCUCUGUCACUGUGUCGGUGCUGGUGACUGGAGAGGAUGAGUAUGACCCGGUAUUUCUGGCACCAGCUUUCCACUUCCAAGUGCCUGAAGGUGCCCGGCGUGGCCACAGCUUGGGUCAUGUGCAGGCCACAGACGAGGAUGGGGGUGCUGAUGGCCUGGUUCUGUAUUCCCUUGCCACCUCUUCACCCUAUUUUGGUAUUAACCAGACUACAGGUGCCCUGUACCUGCGGGUGGACAGUCGAGCACCAGGCAGUGGAACAGCCACCACUGGGGGUGGGGGCCGGACCCGGCGGGAAGCACCACGGGAGCUGAGGCUGGAGGUGAUAGCACGGGGACCUCUGCCUGGUUCCCGGAGUGCCACAGUGCCUGUGACCGUGGAUAUCACCCACACCGCACUGGGCCUGGCACCUGACCUCAACCUGCUAUUAGUAGGGGCUGUAGCAGCCUCCUUGGGAGUUGUGGUGGUGCUUGCACUGGCAGCCCUUGUCCUAGGACUUGUUCGGGCCCGUGGCCGCAAGGCUGAGGCAGCCCCUGGCCCAAUGUCACAGGCAGCACCCCUAGCCAGUGGCUCACUGCAGAAAGUGGGCCGGGAGCCACCUAGUCCACCACCCUCUGAGCACCUCUAUCACCAGACUCUUCCCAGCUAUGGUGGGCCAGGAGCUGGAGGACCCUACCCCCGUGGUGGCUCCUUGGACCCUUCACAUUCAAGUGGCCGAGGCUCAGCAGAGGCUGCAGAGGAUGAUGAGAUCCGCAUGAUCAAUGAGUUCCCCCGUGUGGCCAGUGUGGCCUCCUCUCUGGCUGCCCGUGGCCCUGACUCAGGCAUCCAGCAGGAUGCAGAUGGACUGAGUGACACAUCCUGUGAGCCACCUGCCCCUGACACCUGGUAUAAGGGCCGAAAGGCAGGGCUACUGCUGCCAGGUGCAGGAGCCACUCUCUAUCGAGAGGAGGGGCCCCCAGCCACUGCCACAGCCUUCCUGGGGGGCUGUGGCCUGAGCCCUGCACCCACUGGGGACUAUGGCUUCCCAGCAGAUGGCAAGCCAUGUGUGGCAGGUGCACUGACAGCCAUUGUGGCCGGCGAGGAGGAGCUCCGUGGCAGCUAUAACUGGGACUACCUGCUGAGCUGGUGCCCUCAGUUCCAACCACUGGCCAGUGUCUUCACAGAGAUCGCUCGGCUCAAGGAUGAAGCUCGGCCAUGUCCCCCAGCUCCCCGUAUCGACCCACCACCCCUCAUCACUGCCGUGGCCCACCCAGGAGCCAAGUCUGUGCCCCCCAAGCCAGCAAACACAGCUGCAGCCCGGGCCAUCUUCCCACCAGCUCCUCACCGCUCCCCCAUCAGCCAUGAAGGCUCCCUGUCCUCAGCUGCCAUGUCCCCCAGCUUCUCACCCUCUCUGUCUCCUCUGGCUGCUCGCUCACCUGUUGUCUCACCAUUUGGGGUGGCCCAGGGUCCCUCAGCCUCAGCACUCAGCACAGAGUCUGGCCUGGAGCCACCUGAUGACACGGAGCUGCACAUCUAGCUGUGGCCCAGGCUGGGCCCCGACCUGGGAUGCGCAUAGUGUCCCCAAUGCAGGUCCCACUCUGAGCCUGCCCUGGGCAGCCUCGUACUAUGACUGGCUACGGGGAGGCCACCACCAGGCCCCAGCUCUCCACUCUGAACUCCCCAGCCCCCUCAGAGCACUAGGACCAUAGAAGUCCUGUUGGUCACUGACCUGUGACCAGAUCCAAUGUGGGGAGAAAUAUGAAGGAGGUAGCAGCCCUGGGUUCUCAGUGAGGGCUCCCUGCCCUGCACCAGCACCCUGAGAUGGAGCUGAGACUUUAUUUAUUGGGGGUAGGGGGAUGGAGGAGGUCCCUCCAACAUGUUUGGACCCAGCUCCUUUGGGUUCCACUGACGCCCCUGCCCCUGCCCCUGCCCAGAACCAAGUGCCAAUUCUCACUCUGGAGCCUUAAUAAACUGCAAUUUGUAUCCAG